GUAGUGCUGGAGAAAGAGAAGAAACAAGAGGAUUCAGUGCAGGAGAAGCUGCAUGACAUGCUAGAGGACAUGAGUGAUCCAGACACCUGCAGAGGGACUGAAGAUGGUCCUGAGCAUCAGACAGAUCUGUUGGAAGUCAUUGAAUUGGAGGGUAUGCCAAAUCAUUUCAUAACCAGAGAAAAAUCUUCACAUGAAAGUGAUUUUUCUCAGAAAAGGCCUUUUCUCCCCUGCCUUCACUGUGAGAAGAGCUUCGCCCGUAAAGGAGAUCUGGACAGACACGUGCGGAUCCACACGGGAGAAAAGCCGUUCAUGUGCGUGGAGUGCGGGAAGAGCUUCACACUGGCAGACGGUCUCAGAAAACACCUGCGCUCUCACUCCGGAGUCAGAUCCUUCCACUGCCAUCAGUGUGGAAAGACUUUUAUUUUGCCGUCGCACCUGAAAAGACACAUGCUCAUUCAUGCAGAUUUCAAACCAUACUUGUGUUCUCUCUGCGGAAAGAGCUUUUCUCAGCUGGACUGUUUGAAAAAGCAUCAGAAGACACACAGUGGAGCGAGACCUCACGAAUGCUUCGAGUGCGGAAAUGCUUUUAAUUCAGCCGACGCUUUGAAACGGCACCACAGGAUUCACACCGGAGAGAAACCGUACACCUGCUGCGAGUGUGGCAAGAGUUUCACUCAGUCCGGACACCUGAGACAACACGAGAGGGUUCAUACGGGACAGAAGCCAUACAUCUGCUCACUUUGUGGAAGGAGUUUUAGCACAGCGAGGAAUCUGCCGGCUCAUAUGAAAAAACAUUCACCUGGCACCUAUCAGAUAAACCAAGAUGAUGAAAACUGAUGCAGUGAGAUCUGCAGAAAUCACUGAAAUCACACAGA